AAAAUUGUAGAACCCCGGGAGAAAAGGAGGGAAACCCAAAAUUCCCCCAAAAUUUCGGACGCCUCCGGAAUCUUCUCGUCCUCUCCUCGCUUCCCCCGCCCCGCCGCCGAAUCUCGCCGCCGAUCUCUUCGCUGCGCCCACGUCGUCUUCGGAGCUUCGUUCCUCCCAAUCCCGCGGCAGAUCCAUGCCGGUGGAGGGGAUGGACAAGGUGGUCGCGACGGUCAGCGGCUACCACGGCGACGAGCGGCACAGGCUCGUCAAGCUCAUCUCGGAGACCGGCGCGAGCUACGUCGGCGCCAUGAGCAGAUCAAUCACCCACCUGGUUUGUUGGAGGCUUGAGGGGAAGAAGUAUGACAUCGCGAAGAGGCUUCAGACAAUCGUCGUGAGCCACCGGUGGUUCCAGGACUGCCUCAAGGAGGGGAGGCGCCUCCCUGAGGGUCCCUACAUGUUUGAAAGUGGUGAAGAAGCAGGGUCAGUCCCAGAGCUUCCUGCUCUGCCAGUGUCAGGCAAGCGGUCCAAGAUAAAUGCAUCCAUGGAGGAUCGAUGUUUGAAAGAGUUACCUACUGAUUUCUGCAGUACUUCCGAUGCCAGGGAUGUGGUCAAGAUUGAUGAUUCAGAUUCUGAUUUUGAGCUUCAGGGAUGGUUGGAUUCAUCCCUAUUAAAAGAAAAUUUUGUCGUUCCCGGGAAUUCUAAGAACAUCCGUUCACGAGAUGUUAAAGGAGGAAAAAAACGUUUAAAACGUGACAAGUCGACUGAUAAAGAUAUUCUACAUCACCGAGACAAAGCUCCAGGUUUUAUGAUAAGCGAAGGGCUUCCUGCAUCAAGGUAUUCUUCAUCUCGGAGCACAUCAAAGCAGAAGGGAAAUGUGUCACGUCUCCUACAUAAUGAGGCUGCUAGCCGGAUGGGCAAAACAAACGAUCCUUUGGGAAAGGAAUCACGAAGCAAGCAUGCACGCUAUCUGAUGGAACUAUCUGAUGAUGAUAGUUUGACAGACAGCUUUGAGAAACCACAAACGUUAGAUACUCUGAGUACAGAAGCUCGGAGAAAAAUAAGGAGCACGAAUGCUUCAUCAUCAUAUCGGCAAUCUACCUUGGAAAGUAUUUAUGGGUAUUCUGAAACUAGUAUGCAUGAUUACGAUUCAGCAAAGAGUGAAGAACAAGGAAAUAUUGGAUUGGGUGAGAGAGCAGGAGGCUUGCAACCUGGUGAUUUGUCUGUAGAUGAACCAUCAUUCUGUACUCAGGAGCAAAGUAACCUUGACAUCGCAGCUGAUGAUGAGAAGGGAGAUGGUGAGAAGCUUGCUAUGGAAGAACCAUCCAGGGCGCAAAGACAGGCAGAACUUUCAUGUGUCAUUUGCUGGACCGAUUUUUCUUCCACAAGGGGCAUCUUACCAUGUGGACAUCGGUUCUGUUUUUCAUGCAUCCAAGGAUGGGCAGAUUGUCUGUCCUCUAGGGGAAAGGUCUCAACAUGCCCUCUUUGCAAAGCCAUUUUCUCCUGGAUCAGCAAGGUGGACGAGGCUGGCACGUCAGAUCAGAAGAUAUACUCGCAGACCGUUCCUUGCGGAGCUUCAACUGGCAUUUUCAUAUUUGCAGAUGAAGGCUACGACCUUCCUGGACCAUCGUCUACCGAAGGGGCCUGCUUCCAGUGCCACAGCCGUGAGCCCGAAGACCUUCUACAGAGCUGCCAGGUCUGCCGGGCACAGUGGGUGCACAGCUACUGCCUUGAUCCUCCACUGUUUCCGUGGACGUGCAUACAUUGCCGAGAUCUGCGGAGGAUGUACCAGCGCUAUCGCUAGUUGGAGAUCUGGAAAUUCGGUCGUCUUGAACGCUUGGUUCUUGGUAUCAGUGUGCUGCCGGAUAUUAUUGGGGUAGCCUCAUUCGAAGGGAUAUGUUGCCCGAGUUGAUAGUGAACUUGCUUCCGGCAUUAUUUUCUGGUGACACUGAGAAGUGGAAAAAAAAGUGAGAACUGUGAAUAAAUGGUACAGGCAGCGUGCCCAAAGCUAUUUUAGUACUGUGCUUAUAUGCUUGUAAGGUUAACUGUUACACUUCGUUGUGUAAUGGAGACGAUACAUUAUAGACCCAGUCAUGUCAUCCGUGUGCACGCCAUUAGUGCGUGGAAAGGCUAUCUAAACCAGCAUUUGCCCGUUAUUGUUAUAUAAGAACCAGUGUUUCUAUGGUCACCUUGCUGACAAGAUUUUUA